AUGGCCGUCCUGACAUUCACCCUCAGUGAAGAGGGUGUCACGGCGUUUCGAGAUGCCCUCAACUGCCUGAGCAAAUUCAGCGAGGAUGUAUCCAUCGAAGCGCGAAAAGAUUCUUUUUUCCUCUCCACAAUGAACACUUCCAAAUCAGCCUACGCAAGCUUCCGGUUCGCGACCAGCCGCUUCUUUGGGCGCUACCAGUAUCAGGGCACGGGGCCGUUUCAGGAGAAAUUCUUCUGCUCCAUGUACAUCAGAGGUCUGGCCUCUCUCUUCCGCAGCAGAUCUGGGGUAGAAUCGCGAAGCGAAGGGGACAAGCAGAGUAUCAUCGACCGCUGCGACGUCGCCAUUGAAGAUGGAGAAGGUAUCAAGAGCCGCUUCAUUGCCCGAAUCAUCUUCCGAAAUGGACUGACUGCUACGCACCGACUUCCGUUUGAAGUCAGCAUGCCCGUACAUGCAAAGUUCAACAAGCAGGAGGCUCUCUACCACUGGAGCAUCUCAUCAAGAACCUUGAAGCAGUUGGUGGAUCACUUUGGGCCCGGGACCGAGUACCUCGACAUCAACACGGAUGGCGAUCAUGUCAACUUCACUUGCUUUAGCGAGAAGACCAUCAGCGACGAUGCGGUUCUUAAGAAACCUCUGCAUACUUCGAUUGCUGUUGAAACCGACGAAUUUGACGAUAUUGACGUGGAAGAUAAGCUUCAAAUCGUCGUCUCCAUCAAAGACGUCCGCGCAAUCACACAGCACGCAGCCAUCACCGGCAACGCAAUUGUUGCCCGAUAUUCCCUUCCCGCAAAGCCAAUGCAAAUUUCCUACUCCGGCGAUGCCAUCUCAUGUGAAUUUCUCAUCAUGACCGUCGGCGAACGGGGAGGGAAUCCCGAAAAGAGGACCAAAAAGGUCCGUAAAGGAGCCGCGAACAAGGGCAGCAACAGCAUUAGCAAGGCCAUGCCGCAUUUAGAAGAGACUUCCCGUCGCGGAAGCUCAACGCCAUCACAAACCAUGGCCGAUAUUCAGCGAAAGCAAGCCGCAUCGCCUUCCAUGCCGCCGCCAUCAUCGUCACGGCAGCCACCGAAUCCAACUCCGCGACUGAGCGCUGCUAGAGCCAGUGCUUCACGUAUUGGAGCAUUCGAUUUCCGGCCUUCACAGAGGCCGCCGCCGCCCACACUAAGGUCGGAAAGUCUUUUCGUCGAAGACGAAGCAUGGGAGCCCGUAAGAGAUGACGAUGAGGAUGCUGAUGAGGAUGCCAGAUUGGAAUGGGACCACAGUGCAGACCCUGUAAGUUUCCCAUUACAAAUCGUCGAGAUCAUGACUAGAGGCUAA